AUGGAGAACUUCACAUUGAACAGUUUGGUCCUUCAGAUGGAGGGGCUGGAGGUCUCAGAAGCUUCCAUGUACCCCGUGUUUCUCUCUUUUCUUUUCUCCUACAUGUUUAUUUUGACCACCAAUGUGGGCACGGCGGUUCUGAUCCUGUUGGACCCGAACCUCCAUCAGCCCAUGUACCUCCUGCUGUGUAACCUGAUCUUUAACGAUGUUCUUGGUAACUCCAUCAUGGUGCCUCGUGUCCUGAUCGAUGUCCUGAAGCCCCCGUCGGAGCGCCUCAUCAGUUAUUACGAGUGUGUGGUUCAGGCCUUCACGUCCCACAUGUUCGGAACCACGUCCCACACGGUUCUGAUGAUCAUGGCCUUCGACAGAUACGUGGCCAUCUGCAGCCCCCUGCGUUACGCUGCAAUAAUGACCAACAAGAUGGUGGUCAAACUGACUCUUUCUGCCUGGGGGGUGGCCCUGGUUCUGGUGGGGGUCCUGCUGGGUCUGACCGUACGUCUGAGCCGGUGCCGGACUCUGAUCGCAAACCCGUACUGCGACAACGCCUCUCUGUUCAAGCUCUCCUGUGAGAACGUGGUGGUCAACAACGUGUACGGGCUGACGUUCACCGUGGUUCUGUUCACCUCCUCCAUGGGCAGCAUGGUUCUGACCUACACUCGGAUCACCGUGGUCUGUCUGACCCGUAAGAACCAGUCGGUGAACAGGAAGGCCCUGAAGACCUGCAGCACCCACCUCUUCGUGUACCUGAUCAUGCUCCUGUGCGGGAAGGUGAACAUCGUCCUGCACCGCUUCCCUCAGCUCGAAGACAAGAGGAAACUCUUCGCCAUUUUGUUCCACGUCAUCCCCGGCAGCCUGAACCCCGUCAUCUACAGCGCCCAGUCCAGGGAGAUCAAGCAGAGUCUGUCCAGAUCGUUUGAGAACCAACCAACAGUGUGA